AUGCCGGCGGUGGCCUGGAGUGCGGAUACGCGUGUCGCGGCGCCUGCGCCGGAUGCGCCGCUGUCUGGUCCACAAGGAGAGGAAGGCUCUGUCCCAAAUACGCCGACGACGUCUGUGCCGCAUGAGUCUGCAGAGAGCACACAGGCCGGCCAAGGCACGUCAGGCGCACAGGCCGCACCAGAUGCGCCCCAAGGCAAGUGGGUCGCAGCCGAGGAUGCCGCCGAGUGGAAUAGCCUGCUGAUAUGGGCACGGAGGCAGCGUGGGCCGCAAUGGGAUACCGGGACGGGCGUUUGGCAAGUGCCGCAUGGGAGUGAGCAGUACUAUGGCUUUUCGAUGCGCGAGCAUGGCCAGCCUGAAGUGUAA